AUAUGUCUCUGAUUAAUAGCAUAAUGAAUACCUGUAACACCAAAAUUCAAUCCUGGGUACCCCUUCUAACAACAGUCAGAUACAGAUAUCAUGCAGAGCAAAAAAUAGCUAGAGGUCCCUUGCUCAGAAGAUAUGGAUACGAUGAUAAAAUGCUUCAGAGUGGGCCGUUACCGAGGGAUCCAAAGGGCAAAAAAUUGAUUAUGCCUGCUUACAGGUUCAAAGAUGUUUGGAAUGAAAAGCGAGCUCUUUUUGGUCAGAAUGACUAUAUUGAUAUAUUAGGAAAUGAAAAACUACAUCCGACUAAAAUAUUAUAUAAUAUGCCGAGAUGGCUGAGGGGUGUUGGCGGACACGAAUUCCAGGUUAUGUUACGGAAAAGGAAAAUGUUGGGACAAACAGGAUAUCCCAAAGUUAGACCUACCAAAUUCUAUCAGCUUGAGAAAAGGAUAUCAUGGCUAUAUAAAUAUUUGAACAGAAAAACUAAGACUUUUUAUUAUUAGGUGAGACAAAAUUUUGUUGAAUGAGUAAUAUAGUAUGCGGAAAAUUA